CAAAAACUCACCCGUGAGCUUCGGCAGGCAGAUACACGUCUCUAUCGAAUAUGAACACACAUGCCCCAUCUACCGGUUGAACGUUGGUUGCGCGGGCGCCAUGGGCUCAGAAGUAGGGGAAGCCCUUGUUGGUCAGCGCCGCCUGCGUCAGGAUGCCUGAUAUCUGAAAGCACACACACCCCACCCCAAACACCACACACCACACCACACCCAACAGACCCAUACACAAACAAGAUGUGAACACGUGCCCGCCCCCCUGGUACCUACCGCGAGCAUAGCGAGUCGUCCGUUCUUGAUUUCCUUCUUCUGCAUGUCCUUGACGAACUCGGGGCUCUUGUUCUUGCAGAAGCCCAAAGGGUCGAACCCAAACUCUCCCGGCUGGCGGCCCGAACCAUCGUACAUCUGCACCACAGCCUGAUACACACACACACACACACGCAUCCCGCAUCACACAGACAUGGACACCAUGGUGGUGUUCAUUGUUUGUCUGUGUGUCUUACGAUGGUUGAGAAGAUCUCAGCGAAACUGAUCCAGAGGAGGAUCUGUGACAUGGCGCCGUACUCGACCGCCUUGUUGUGCGCCUCCAGAGACGACACCUGGUGAACCUCACCUGCACAGCAACAAACACAUACGCCCAUUAACAGAAAUCUCUCAGCUGCUUUUCCCUUGUGUGUGUACCGGGGAGCUUGAAGUACUCGGCGAAGAUGUACCCCACUGUGGCGAGCAUGCAGAGGCGGCCGUGCUUGAUCUCAGCCUCACGGGCCCACCGAAGGUCCAGCCAGUUGCUGAAGCCAAAGGGGUCAAACCCGUCGUCAGCAGCCUGCACACACACACAGACACCAACCACACACACACACACACACGCAGAGCAUGCAGCCGGCUGCAUCUGCCAUGUGUGUGAGGGGCUGACCAUGGUGCCGUCGAGUCUGUAGGGUCGCGGCAUGAAUGGGAUGGAUUUGCUCAUCUCCUUGGGGUACUUGUCGGGGUUGCGGGACGCUAUCAGGUCAAAGUCAGUCAGCUCCUCCGUCGCAGGCCGGCGAGUCAGACCCCUUCGCAGAACACCGCUGCCCACGGGAGCAGCAGGGCCCACGAACGCACCCUGCAGCAGGGGGACUCACAGAGAAAGAAAGAGAGAUGAAGAUGCACCUUCAUUCCAAUGUAGAAGCGGCCAGCGUGUCGUGGAUCUGUCUGUCCAUGGCAGGCGAAGCAUGCCUGCACCUCACCUGGUCUCUGCCAUCAACAGCGGCCGCAAGAGCCACAAGGGCGCAGAGUGAGCAGAUCUUGAGCAUCAUCUUCGCCAGAUCAGGUCAAGAGCGUGGCGUGUGCACUUUGACGUG